CUAAUAUGUAAACAUUCCCGGUAAACAUCACUUUCGGAUAUAUUCAUAGAUAUCACACUACGUUUAUUAUUUAACAAACUGCAAUAAAAGUGGGUUUCAAAGCUGUUCUCUCAAAGAAGGGUGCUGAACUUUUUUUGUCAGCCGUUAUGAGAACUGAUAUACAUCAGACAAAUGGCACAUGGUAAAAAACAACAAAUGCUCCGUGAUCGUCAUUAUGGACACAUUUAUCAAGGCAAGUAGAAAAACUGCAAGAUUGUUAUCUGAGCAACUGGAUGCUCUUGGCGCUCUACGUGACCCGGACGUGACGUCAGACCUGUGUUCGCAGUACAAGUUACCAACACUUCUGCUAAUAUCCGGUCACUCGUCAGCUGCCCAUUUGUUGCUAGACAGGAUCAAGCGUGAUUUCAUGCAGUCGGAUGGCGAUUUCCUGUCGUAUGCAGACAUGGCGGACCGGGACCGGAAAAGCUCGUGUUUUCCCAUGAGUCACUUUUGGACCUACAUGAAUGUCUGGGUCGCCAUGGCAGCACAGAGGCUUGGCAGAUUCGACAUUUCUUAUCCUGCGUUUGAAUUCUGCAAGCGGUUUUACCAUCCAGAUCGUCAGAUGGUCUGUGUUACAGAGGCGUAUGAAAAUGUCAACCAGGACACAACAGUUGACGUUCUGUCCACUUCACACCUUGGCCUACUAGCACUAUAUAUGGGAGACGUUGAUUUGGCCAAGAACUGUGGUGAAGGUCUUCUGAAAUUUAUGAAUUCACAGCCAAAUAAGGAGGAGCAGAUAUAUCUGCGAGCCAAUGCGCAAACUGGCGACGUUAUAACUUCAGCUCCCCCAAAUAUGAAACCGUUUUACGUCAUUCAUAGAGAUCACCCCAAACAGUUGUAUUUCUUCAUUGGUUACUAUGGUAUCUUCAUGACAAAGCUGUUCCAAGCCACUCAAGAUCAACGCUUCCUUGAGAGUGCCAAGCGGAUCCUUGAUUUCGCCUUGACCUGUCACGAAUCUAUGGUAACCUAUAGCUUCAGUCACAAAGUGGCGUACGCAGCUGCAUUGGUGGCAGCGGUAACCAAGGAAACCAAGUAUCGGCGUCUAGCGAUCGGACUUGGUGAAUUUCUAGUCUCCAACCAGAAUGAUGAGGGUUUCUUCGGUAGCCAGGAUUUUCAGCCUAUCGAUAAAUACGAUCAGUCCGCGGAAAUUGCGAUCUGGUUGAGGGAAAUCCAUAAAGAAUUGACAAGAAUUAUGUAGGGAUUAACAUAUCGUGCCGGCGGAAAUAAAUAAAAUAAAAAUUUAUUUUGAAUGGCAAUUUAGAGAAGUUUUGUUUGUUGUUGUUCGCACUAUAGGGGCAUCAGUGGACAAUGCUUUAUGCUUGUUUUACCUUUGUUGGUGUUUACUAGAAUUAAACCAGUUUCAGAUUGUAACAUACCUUUUCUCCUUUGUUAGAUGGCCUUUUGGCGUCUUAAAACAUAAAAGGGACUUUUUCCAGAGAUUGUCAUAUUUUUUACCAAUAUAAUAAAUAUAAUUUACUAACAAA